AUGUCUAGAUUUGUGUUACAGAAAUCUGUCAGAGUGACAGGUGUUAGUCGUGGUGGUCACAUUUCCCGUGUAUCGUCAGACCGGUUCUGGAUCAGUUAUUAUAACAAUCUCAUCUUGACAAACACAGCAGGGGAUAAACUACAUCAUCUGACAGAUAUAAGUAGUAUAUGGGGACACCAUGGGUACAAGUGUGUCUACAGCUCCCCCUCCAAUGGAGACCUGCUGGUCGGGAUGUAUAACACUGAUACAAAUAUAGAAGCCAAGGUAGUGCGGUAUAACUCCACAGGAGAACACAUCCAGACCAUACAGUACAACAACAACACAGGUCAGAGAUUGUACAGAUCACCUAGCUACAUCACAGAGAACAGCAAUGGAGAUGUUAUUGUGUCUGACUGGUCCCGUGGUGUAGUGGUGACAGAUGGUCGUGGUAAACAUCGUUUCUCCUACAGAAGACCUCCAUCAGGAUCAGAACUAUUUCCAAGUGGAAUCUGUACAGACGCACUGUCACACAUCCUGGUGUGUGAUUAUAACACCCACACAGUUCAGAUAUUAGACCAAAAUGGUAAAUUUCUGUCACAGAUACAGACUUUAGAGCACGGGAUAGACGAAUCAUGCUGCCUUAGUUAUGAUAAUUACACACAUCUACUGUGGGUAGGCUCAGAAAACAACAGCACAGUAAACAUAUACCGUGUGAUAUACGAGGAUUCUCUAACAGAAACCCUUCUCAUGGAAAUAAGAGGAAAAUGUAUUUCCUACGCUUCAUACAAAAAGAAACUAACAAAACUAAAAGAAGAAAAACUUGUAGAAGAAAUAAAACACCUUGAAGAAACAAUACGUACUACUGCUGACAAUGUUGAAACUUUAGAAGAAAAAAAUAAGGAAUUAGAAGAUAUAAGAAGACAAAAGAUGAGGGGUGUUUUAAUAAGAUCUAGGGCAAGAUGGGUAGAAGAAGGGGAAAAACCAUCACAUUACUUUUGCAACUUAGAGAACAGAAAUUUUACAAGCAAGAUCAUUCCAAAAGUAGAAACAGAAAAUGGUAACAUUAUUUAUAAGCAGGCCGAAAUACUGAAUGAAGCCAAAAAAUAUUAUGAAAACUGA